UCUUCAGCAGAGGGUCAUAUCCCAGCUCACAGCAUUUAUUCCUCACCGGUGGAGCUCCGUCUUUCACUCAGUCCCUGCCGGUGAAAACACUGGCUGGAGUAAUUUUGCGUCCAGCAGCAUGGAAGUAAGCAAAGGAGAGGAGCGGUCUAAUGAACAGGCAGCGACUUUAUUUGGGACACCAGAGCUGGAGGGUCAAAGGAGAAACACUGGACGGGCGAAGAAGAGGAGCAACCGGUGUAAAAUCAUUGCUGUGGUUCUGCCGCUGUGCCUGCUGGGGGUCAUCCUGGCUGUGGUGUUAUCUGUGAGAAACCGCAGUGAUGGGACAGAGGGGAAGAACUGGCUGGAGGAACUGGCUGAGGAAACACAACAGCCACAGUGUCCGCAUGGUUUCUCCAGGUCCCCUCUCAUCCUGGUGUCCUUGGACGGCUUCAGAGCAGAGUAUCUGAGAGAUCACGGCAGCCACAUUCCUAUCAUCAACAAGCUACGAGAUGCUGGAACAACAACACCAUACAUGAGGCCUGUUUAUCCCACAAAGACCUUCCCAAACCACUACAGCAUUGUGACUGGUCUUUAUCCCGAGUCUCACGGCAUUGUGGACAACAAGAUGUACGAUGUGACCAGAAACGCUUUCUUCAGCUUGAAAACUGAUGAGAAAUUCAACGAAAAAUGGUACCAAGGAGAGCCAGUCUGGAUCACUGCCAUGCGUCACAAACUGAAAACAGGAACCUUUUUCUGGCCGGGCUCAGACGUAAAAAUCAAUGGCACCUACCCUAAUUUCUACAUGAUGUAUGACAAGAGCAUUUCAUUUGAGAACAGAGUGUCGAAGGUGUUUGAAUGGCUCGGUUUACCUCAGGGAGAAAGACCUGACUUCUACACUUUGUACCUGGAUGAACCUGACUCAGCAGGACAUCGUUACGGACCAGGAAGCAAGCAGGUUGUUUUGGCCUUGGAGAAUGUGGACAGGAUUCUGGGCAAGCUGAUGGACGGCCUGACCGAGAGAAACCUGCACCACUGUGUCAACCUGAUGAUCGUAUCUGACCACGGCAUGGAGGAGGCUUCCUGUGAAAAGGCAGCGUAUGUGGACACCUACCAGGAAAAGACUGACGCCUUCACUGUCAUCCAAGGCCCAGCGGCUCGCAUCAGACCCGCUCGCCUCCCAGAGGAUUACUUCUCCUUCGACUACGAUGGCCUGGUGAAGAACCUGUCGUGCAGGGCCCCUAACCAGCCAAUGAGGCCGUACCUCAAAGAAAACCUCCCCAAAAGGAUGCACUUUGCCAGCAACAAACGCAUAGAGAGAGGACAUCUCUACAUGAAGCUGGGCUGGCAGGCAGCACUUAACCGAAGGGAGAUCAAGUACUGCACGGGUGGAUUUCACGGCUCAGAUAAUGUCUUCACCAACAUGCAGGCAAUCUUCAUCGGCUAUGGUCCAGGAUUUAAAAACAAAACUGUUGUGCCGCCUUUUGAAAACAUUGAACUUUAUAACGUCAUGUGUGAUCUCCUCGGUAUCCGUCCUGCUCCAAACAACGGGACUCACGGCAGUCUGAACCACCUCCUGCAGCAUCCAGUCCACCCUCCAGUUCACCCCGCGCAGCUCUCCCAUGAAACCCCCUGUGAGGCCAGUGACCCCGUCCCCACUGACGACCUGCAGUGCACCUGUACGUCCCAAAGCAAGGCAGCGGAGGCAGAUAUGUACAGACGUCUCAUAACGACCAGCUCCAGUGCUAAAGUCAGCUUACGUCGCCUCCACCAUCCUUUCGGCACCCCUCUGGUCGUCCAAGCAGGCGCCAACUUUUGUCUCCUGCACCACUCUGACUACCUCAACGGAUACAGCAAAGACCGCCUCAUGCCCCUCUGGGUGUCGUACACCAUCCAGCCUCUGACCGGAGCCCGACCUCUGAGCCCAGAGUUGGAGGCGUGUGUUCGUGCUGACGUCCGCAUCCCACCGGCCGCCAGCCAGCUGUGUCUUCGCUAUAGAAACAACUCCGAUCUGUCCUAUGGCCUGCUGCAUCCCCCCAAUCUGACUGUCGACGGACCUGAGACUGACUCUUUAAUCACGAGCAAUAUGGCACCAAUGUUCCCCGCAUUUAAAGAUGUUUGGACCCAUGUCCAUGAUGUCCUGCUUCCAACGUACUCACAACAGCUGAACGGAGUCAACGUCAUGAGCGGGCCGAUAUUUGAUGAAGACUUUGACGGAAACGUUGAUGCAUUCAAACCAAUCUCAGGGAAUGAGGCUCCCGUCCCGACACAUUUCUUCGUGAUCUUAACCAGCUGUGGCAACUCGACCUUCAGCCCCGUCAACUGCCAGGGACCGCUACAGGCAAAGUCCUUCAUCCUGCCCCACAGACCUGACCACACAGAGAGCUGUGCUACUGGGUCGGACUUGACGUGGGUGGAGGAGUGGCUACAUUUUCACUCCGCCCGUGUCCGAGACAUCGAGCUCCUGACCGGACUGAGCUUCUACCACGACAGGUUAUCGGUGGAAGAGACGCUACAGCUCAAGACGUUUCUACACACCGCGUAAAAUCAGAGACAUUAUCAAAGUAAAGUUUAAAUUUCCAAAGGAAGCCCUAUUGGUCUGCACAGCAGGUCUCUGUCUAUGUGGACACACAGUUUACCUGCUCUCAGCGGGUUUAACAGGUGCCUCACCUAUAAACAUUUCCUGUUUUCAGACCAUAUUAAUCCCAACGUCCAUCCAUUUUUUAGAAAGAAAAAAAAAGUGUAAUUUAUCUGAUUCCAAUUUUACAAUUAUUCAUUGUGUGAAAGCCAUGCAUUUGUUUUUGAUCGUGUUUUUAAAGACGACUGUACAGAGAAAAGUCAGAGGGUGUUUUUAUAAAUGAGGCUUCGAACCAAAGACAACGUCACAUCCGCUGAAUGACUUUCCUCACAUGGGACUAAAACAAAAAAGGGAAAAGGAAGCAUUUAUCGAAGGAAGAAGUAUUUAUACCACAGAUUCUUUUAUUUCAGGAAACACUGUGACGAUCUGGAAACAUCUACGUCUGCUGUUUUUUUCGUUGGGGGGGGGGGGUAUUUUUUAUUGAGGGAAUCCUGCCACACAUCUGGACAACUGACUGCAGCUGCAGGACACACACCCAAUGACAAUUUAAGAAAGAAAAUAAUAAGUUUUGCUUCUCAAUAAGGAAUUAUUUAGAAGUUUUCACCUGCCAAAUGUUGAUUGUUGUUAUUGUAUUUCCUUUACACAGCACCAAUGUUGUUCUUAGUAUUGUGUAAAUUUUUGGUUAAUGACAUUUAAUAAGAGAUAAUUAUUCAGUUGUGUGUGUGUGUGUGUGCACGUAUGUAUGGACCGAUUAUGUGAUUAUUAGUUUGCCCUUGGGCACAGACAUGUAAAACCCCCACCGCCACCUCUCCUACACAGGAGCUAAACACCCAGACUGAAAGAGACACAAAAUGACUGUCAUUUCACAUCUUUUUGUGUGUGUGUGUGUGUGUGUGUGUGUGUGUGUGUGUGUGUGUGUGUGUGUGUGUGUGUGUGUGUGUGUGUGUGUGUGUGUGUGUGUGUGUGUGUGUGUGUGUGUGUGUGUGUGUGUCUUUGUGGUGGUUUUACAACUUUUUGUGGAUACUUUGAAGUCGUUUUUUUCUAUCUCUCCAUGGCUGUUUGUGUCUUUUUUUUUUUUUUUACUGCUUUUGUGCCUCUUUGUUGUCAUUUUGCCUCUGUGGUGGUUUGUGUCUCUUUGUGGUCGUUUUGUAGUCGCUCUCUUCUUUGUUCUGCAGGUGAAGCAGAACUCUCAGGUUCUGAACGUUAGUGUGUAGUUGUAGAGAUGAGAGCUGAGAGAUGGAGAGAGGUUGUCUGCGCCCAGCGAGGCCUGUUCAGUAAUCUGUCCGUGACUGUGUGUGUGAAUGUGUGUUUGUGGUUAUUAUUUGUGGGAUCAACACACUCUUUGUUCAGUCUUUGAUUUGCCACUUCACAGCAGCUGUUUGCAAAUAAUUUGUGCAAAAUGAAAAACUCAGAUUUAGGUAUUUCCAUUAUGUUAUAUAUUUUUUUCCAGUACUGUCAGAAGUGGUAGCUAUGGACAAAUACACAAUUUCAUAUAAAAUCUCUUCUAUA